AUCAAACUAGCGCGAGCGCGCGUAAUUUCCAAAACAACCACCAUUUUUGCAGCUGUGUUGUAUCUUGUGUCUGGACAAAUGUUUUUGUUGAGAUAGCUAUCUUUCCCGUGACAGCACAGGUUCCAUGAUUGAGCUUUCUUUCAUUACUGAUUGUUUCCCAUCGUUUUCCAGUUUUUAUCACUAAAAGUCAUGGAAAAAAUUAUAGUUUUGUCAAGUGAUGACGAUGAAGAUUUUUCGCCAGCUCCUAUCUCGAGGAUUGUAAAAGACGACUUAUCUCUGUCUCAAAACAACUUUGAGGAGGUAGAGGACUUUGAUUAUGGUACAAACGAGGUUGUUGACCAUCUCUCACUUCAUGAACUUGAGAGAAGACCGAGCACCAGUCAAGAAUAUGGAGGUUCUUCCAGCCCUUCUAAAAAUCCUGGAUCUGCAAAAGACACAGUCAGGCUUGUACAUGAUCUGUCUGAUUCUGAUGAGCCUGAUGAGAGUGCCCAAAUGAAAAGAGGCAAAGCAAUUUCUUCAUCUGAUGAUGAAUUGCCAGAUAUAAAUAUAAACUUUGGAACUAGUCAAAAAGUUUACAAGGAAACUAAAACUAUCCAGUACAACUUGCAUGUGGGUGAUGAAAUACAAAGAGAAAAAUCUCAGCAACCAGAAAAGGCAAAAUGCAAUAAACGUGGGGAGCAACAAUUGCGGAAAAAGCUUGAACAGGCUGAAAAAGCAAAACAGCGACAAGCAGUGCAAGAAGAGCGAGAGAAGAAAAAAAAGGAAGCAGCUCAUUCUAAGGCACUAAAACAAGCCACAUCUGAGAUUGAGAGAGCCAAAAAGCCAGGGGAAUGUCUAAAGUGGGUAACGACUAUUUUAGAUACAGGUGUUCUCAACUCUGAAUAUAGUGGAGAACUACUAACAGCUCUAAGAGCUUCUGAAGUUGACUAUAAAGUGGAAGAGUCCAUCAUACCAUGCACUGUUUCGUGGGAGAGGCGCAUUCAAACUGUGCAUGUGGAUGAAAACAUGGUGAUUCAAAAAAAAAUAACUACUCAAAGUGAGACAACUGUUUUAGUCAUGUGGAUGUGGAAUAAACUAAUUGAGCAGGUUCAUGAGAACUCUCUUCAUAAAGCUAUAGAGGAAAUCGCAGCAUUACUCCCUGAUCGGGACUUAACCCUUGUCAUAUUUGGUCUUGAAGAUUAUUUUAGAUUCCAAAAAACUCAAAAGAGGAGAGAUGUUCGCUCAGAUGUGUUAGGAACUGGACCACAAAAGCGAAGGGUCAAGGAGGGCACCGUAGAAGCAGCACCACAAGUGUCUAGGGGUGAUGUUGAAUAUGCCCUGGCAGAAAUUCAAAUUAAGUGCAACAUUAAUCACCGCUGUAUCAAUAAUAAGACUGAUAUGGCAAAUCUAGUUUGUCAAUUCACAAAAGCAAUUGCCGAGGCACCAUUCAAAAGAGGAAAGCAUGAGAAGGAUGCAGAAAGGCUUGACUGGUAUGCAUUAGCCGAUUCAAAAGACUGCGUAGCUGUGGAUAAAGAUGGAAAUGGUUCAUUUCAGCUUUGGCAACGUCAACUUUGUCAGUUUCCCUUAGCAUCACGUGAGACCUCAGAGGCAAUAGCCUCUGUUUACCCAUCACCCAUGAGUCUAUUGCAAGCUUAUGAAGGCUGUUCAAGUGAAGACGCUGCUCAUUACCUUCUAGAAGAUAUUCCUGUACGACGAGGACCAGGGCCCUUGUCUACAACCAGGAGAAUUGGGCCACAGCUGAGCAAGAAAAUCUUCACCUUCUUCACUACUUUAGAUGAAGAUUGUCUAAUUGCACCAGAUUGAUAAAAUGCAAUUUUAACGAACUAUACCAUACUCUGUGAGAUGUAAAGAAAGCUUCCAGCAAUAUAAAUGGAAAGAGUUACUUUAUUGAACAUUUUUCUGAACAAUAAAAGUUAAAUUGCAGUUUCACAAA